AUGCACUCUUCCAAGGAAAAAAAACUCUCUUGCAAUACACACCAAACAGAGCAUGUGCAGUUUGCCACCGAGCCUCUGUUCUAUCAGAAGAUAUUUGGGAGACACUGGCAGAAGGGGAGGAUCAGAGAAGUCAGGAUUAAACAUCCUUUUUUUAUACAAUGUGGAGGAUUAACCCCUUGGGCUCCAUGGUGAAUAUAACAAGCACGCUUUACUGCGCAGGGGCGGACUGACAACUCAUGGGGCCCCCGGGCAAUAGGGGAUCAUGGGGCCCCUGUGUCCUUGGCCAAACUCAAAAAAGCCUAU